UGGUAGUAUACGUGUGCUUUCAUGAUAGUAAGGUUCAAUGAGUUUCUUAGCUUUCUAGAUGACAGGAAUUUUGGUUGCUGCCAAGUUUAUUACAAAAAUGACAGCGUUUCUCAAUCUCAGCCACGGACCACUAGGAAAUCAAGCACAAAUCAAGGACGCUCAAAAACAAGGGAGUGCCGCAAAUUCGGUACAUGCUUAAGAUGCCUCAAAUUUAGGGUUGAAGAGCGGGGGCAGGGAGUGCUCUUAGCAUGUUCACAGUGCUGA